UAUGCGCGUCACACAGUCUCAGACCAUAGUAGAGAAAAUGAACUCCGCGGUGGUUAUCGCGGCGCUAGAAGCCGUAAGCCCGAUGUUCCGUCGUCGUCCGUGAGUGAAUAGGGAAUCGAUCGGAUCAGCCGGGAUGGAGGGCUGCGCGUCCAGGAUCGAGUCGGCGAUCGCACCAGAGCUGUACUUCCUGAUCGCCAAGUUUCUCGAUGCGGGUAUCUGUCCGGAGGCUGCGAAGGUGCUGAAGCGGGAAUUGGAGCGUGCCGAGGUACUGCCCUCGCGAUUUGACUGGGAAGGCAACGUCCACGCUCAGACUUUUGAAGAGCUGGAGAAGAGAUAUCCUCACAUUGGGUCGAAUUAUUUGUUGCAAAUAUGUGCCAGAAUAGGACCAGUGUUAGAGAAAGAAGUGCCACCAUGCGUUCGUGGAGUGACAUCACUUUUGGGAGCAGGCAGACAAUCCAUGCUACGUACCCACGAAGAUAUUACAAAUCGUACAUGCAGCAUUGUCGAUUAUUCUGGAAGAUUCGGUGGAAAACCUUUCUUGGAGUUGCCCGGUAGUCUGUCAGUACCUAAUAUAGUACGUGUACUUCAAGGACGUGAGAAUUCUGGUCCUUUGAGUCGAAGACAGGCAAUACCGACAAAGUUCUAUAGCAAAAUGAAGUUGUACCGGCAUACGCUGGGUCAUUUGUCUGCCGUGUAUUGCGUGCUCUUUGACCGCACUGGUAAAUAUAUUAUAACCGGAGCGGAUGAUUUACUCGUCAAAGUCUGGAGUUCCGUUGAUGGACGUUUACUCGCCACUUUUCGAGGCGCAUCAGCAGAAAUUAUGGACAUAGCCGUGAAUUUCGAUAAUACUCUGUUGGCAGCGGGAAGUUUAGAUCGAAUAAUACGGGUUUGGUGUUUCCAAUCAAUGUCACCUGUGGCAGUUUUAACCGGGCAUUCAGGCAUGAUUACGUCCAUCAAUUUUUGUCCAAUAGUGUGUAAUAACGUUUACUAUUUAGUCUCUACCAGUACUGAUGGAUCCGUAGCUUUUUGGUCUCACACAAAGAAACCGAACGAGAGACCAGUAUUUCAAACGAAGCCUAUUCAAUACCAUGAGAAAAUGAGGCCCGGCCAAUCGCAAAUGAUAUGUGCCUCUUUCAGUCCUGGCGGCGCAUUUAUGGCUGCCGGCUCUGCGGAUCAUAACGUAAGAGUUUACGCGAUGUUAGGGGACGAAGGACCACGCAGAGUCCUUGAGAUUGAGGCGCAUUCUGACACAGUCGAUAGUAUUCAAUGGGCGCACAGCGGCUUAAAAUUUAUUUCUGGUUCUAAAGAUGGUACUGCAAAUGUAUGGCAUUUCGAGCAACAGCAGUGGGUACAUACACAAUUGCUCAUGACGACAAAGCUCCCUGGAGAACCAGAAAUGGAUCAUGAUACUAAUAAAAAAGCGAAAGUAACCAUGGUUUGUUGGGACGUGAGCGAUGAAUUUGUUAUAACGGCAGUGAACGAUUACACAUUGAAAGUGUGGAAUGCAAAAUCGGGAGAACUGGUAAAGGUUCUGCGAGGACAUAAAGACGAAGUUUACGUGUUGGAAUCACAUCCAAUAGAUCCUCGAAUGAUUCUUAGUGCUGGUCAUGAUGGACAACUUAUCAUUUGGGAUGUAUUGAAUACGGAACCAAUGAUUUGUUUCCAAAAUUUUGUUGAAGGCCAGGGAAAUUGUGCUAUUUUUGAUGCAAAAUGGUCACCUAGUGGCACGAAACUUGCCGCGACAGAUUCUAACGGUCAUCUCUUGAUGUUUGGAUUUGGAUGUGGAGGCGAGAAAUUGAAAAAUAUACCGAAAGAAUUAUUCUUCCACACGGAUUAUCGACCUUUGAUAAGAGAUGGAAAUAAUUAUGUUCUCGACGAACAAACACAAACGGCUCCGCAUUUAAUGCCGCCACCAUUUUUGGUUGAUAUAGAUGGAAAUCCAUAUCCGCCAGCGUUGCAGAGAUUGGUGCCAGGAAGAGAGAAUUGUAGAGGCGAACAAUUGGUACCAAAUAUUGCAGUUGGUGCAGGCGGCAUGCAAGAAGUUAUAGAAGGUCUUCCAGAACAAGAGCCAAGAUCGAACAUUGAUCGAUUAAUCGAGGCUCUUGCUCAAAGACAAAAUAUUAAUGGAGGAGCGGAUGGAGAAGCGGUCGUUGCCGGUGCCGGCGAAGAUAGGGAGAAUAACGCCGCAGAACAACCAAUUCGUCAAAUAGCGAGUCCCCGUGGAAGUAGAGCUGGUUUGAGGAGAGAGGGCAAUGUUGAAGGUGUCCGGCAAAGCAGUGGUAAUUGGCAAAGAGAAAGCACUACUCCAUGGAACAAGCCUAUGCUUGUGCGUCCUAUGAAUCCAGCUAUAAAAAGGACUCAAUUGGCACAGAUUAAAGCGACGUCCGAUAUGGAGUUAGAAAACUGGCGGCGAGAAAUGCGACGGCGACCACAGCCUACCUCGAGCACUGCCACUAAUCAAGGCAAUACAGGAAAUAAACUCGUAAAUCGCAAGCGUAAAAUUACUAGGCACGGUUAUAGAACUAGAGCAACGCGCGACGAAGAAGAAGAGGAUGAUGACUUUGAGAACCUUGAUAACGCUGACACGGUGAGUUCAGUCAGUAGCAAUAGCAACGAUUCUACCGCCCACGAAGAGGAUAUGUGCUCCGAUAGUACUACAGAAUCCAGUACUGAGUAUUCCGAUUGGAUCGCGGAUCACGGAUUAAAUUUGGAACCGCCCAAACGUAGUAAACGAAAACCCGUGAAGAAGCGAUCUGUCACUCCUCCGAGUGACACGGACAGAAGACGUAGCAGUCGUCCUAAGAAAAAACAGAGAUUACCAAUAGCUAAUGGUAUUAAUGAAGUUCCUGAAAUUUACCGACCUUCAGAAUGGCUUACUGAAGUAAUACCGAGGAAAGCCCCUUAUUAUCCACAGAUGGGCGACGAAAUAGUAUAUUUCAGACAAGGUCAUAAAUUCUAUUUAGAUGCAGUUAGGAAUAAAAAGAUUUAUGAGCUUAGUCCGCGGUGCGAGCCAUGGACCAAGAUAAAUAUUAGAGCACAAGAAUUUGUAAAAGUAGUGGGUAUUAAAUACGAAAUACGACCACCUCGUUUGUGCUGCUUGAAAUUAGCUUUGAUGGAUGAGGACGGUCGGCUUACUGGACAGAAUUUUACCAUCAAAUAUCACGAUAUGGCCGAUGUAUUAGAUUUUCUAGUGUUGCGUCAAACCUUUGAUAUGGCGUUAGCACGAAGUUGGUCUGAAGGUGAUAAAUUUCGUUGUAUGAUUGACGAUGGUUGGUGGAUGGGACAGAUCGUCGGAAUGGAACCAUUAGACGAAGAAUUUCCGGAAUCAUUGUUCAUGUGCUUUCGCGUCAGAUGGGAUAAUGGGGAAUAUGAACGAAUGAGUCCUUGGGAUCUCGAGCCUGUGGACGAAGAUAGAAUACCUAUGGAACUCGGUGGUGCUGUUCCCGUUUUACCAGAGGAGAGACAGGCGAUACUAUAUCAACCUCACGCAGAAGAGUGGCCCAUGGGUGACAGAGAAGCGACUUGUCGUCGAAUUAUACGAGGCUUGGAUCAAGUAAUGAGUCUUGCAAUCGCAGAACCAUUCGUCGUGCCAGUAGAUCUCAGUCUUUAUCCAACUUAUGCUCUCAUUGUGGAGUAUCCAAUCGAUUUAUCGACUAUAAAAGCUCGUUUUGAGAAUCAUUUCUAUAGAAGGAUUACGUCGGCACAAUUCGAUGUUAGAUACUUAGCAACGAAUGCCGAACAGUUCAACGAACCGCACAGUCACAUAGUGAAAAAGGCGAGAAUAGUCACCGACUUAUGUCUACGUAUAAUAAAGGAAACCAUCGAUGUAGAUGUUGCGGCAGUAUAUCAUCAAUUGAAUGAUACAUACCAUUCUUCCGAGUCAGAGGUAGAAAACAGACCCUCAACAAGUAGAUUGAGAUCCACGAGGAAAAAGAAUUUAUAUGCGCAAGAGUUUUCGCAAGAUUGGAAACUGGCGUGUCGACAAUUGUUGGAGACCUUGUGGCAAUGCGAAGACUCGAUACCUUUCAGGGAACCGGUGGAUAGAUUAGAGCAUCCAGAGUAUCAUCAAAUAAUAGACACACCGAUGGACUUACGUACUGUCAAAGAAGAUUUAUUAGGUGGUAAUUAUGAAGUGCCAGCAGAAUUUGCAAAGGAUAUGAAAUUGAUAUUUACAAAUAGCAGAAAUUAUAAUACUAAUAAACGUUCAAAGAUAUAUUCGAUGACGAUAAGACUGUCAGCCAUGUUCGAAGAUCACAUGCAUAGAAUACUCUUAAAUUGGAAAUCGGCGCGUAGACGAAAUAAAGAUAAAAAUAAAGAUAAUACGAAACCAAAUAAGAAUAAGAAGGCGAAAGCAAAGAAGAAACCGAGAAAGAAACCUAGAUUAAGUAAUGGCACAGGACCUUCCAAAUCAAAAUCUGCUCCUAGCGACGAUGAUGAAGACGAUGUAGACAGUGAGGACGAUGAUGACGAUGAUGACGACGACGAGUCGGGUAAAGAGCAGAAAAAGAACAAUUUUGACAUAUCUGCACCUGGACCGUCUCGGAUGACAAACGGUCACAUAAAGCGGUCUAAUUCCGUUCCAUCUCGGCCAUCGCUAAAAUUGCGAAUCUGUCGUUCGAACGUGUCAAAAAAACCGAAGGAUAGUGAUAGUGAUGCUAGUGAAUCGGAGGUAACGUCAGACACUGACAGCAGUGACAGUGCUCCUGUCCGAAGGACUCGAGCGAUGACGGCGAUACCCAGUGUUCAUGCUGAUACCGAUUCCGGAGACGAUUACACGCCCGGUGGUCGCAAAAAACAGGUUCGCAAAAAUCGUGGUAAAAAUAUUAAAAACGGUAAGCAAUCUAAAUCUAAAGUAAAAUCCAACGUUAUCGCCGACGACGAUGAUGAUUACAUUGCGGAGAAUCAAAUAAACGAGGACAAAGGAGAGGAAGAGGAGGAAUUUUUUGCACCGAAUUCUACGGAAGAGGAGAGCGAAGAAGAAAAAUUCAUCAAAAGAGACACUAGAUCACGAAAGUUAGUGACCGAUAGCGCGCAGUAUACUGCUAACAAUGGGACGAACGAUAAUAGCGAUAGUGAAAGCGAAGAAAACGACGAUGAAGAACAAGAACAGGAAGAAGGAGAAGAGGACGAAGAGGAAGAGGAACAACAGCAGCAAUUACAAAGUAAGGCUAAUAAUCAAGACUCGGAGGACAGUGAUUAUUGCUACAAAGGAUUCAGAUCAUCGCGUUUAAGUCGUCGGAAGCAGAACAGUUUUGUAGAUUCGGACAUGAGGCAGCAGCAUAGCAGUAGGCGAUCCUCGGCUCGGAAGCGUCCCUGUUAUAACGAGGAUAGCGAAGAUAACGAGGAUAACGAAGAUAACGAGGAUAGUAUCAUGGUACCGGUGAGAAAUCGGCGCAAGAUUAAGCGUCGCUCGUACGCCGAGGAUAGUGACGACGAAAACAUGCCGGAGCCCGGCAUCAGUAUAAGUAGUCGAGGUCGCAUACGUAAAAUGACACCGCGUGCCCGCGCUUACCUUCUAGAAUCGCCCUAACAUCUCUAGAUAAAAAUUAAGUUGAAGAAUCUUUAUAAGGAUUCUGGAAACUGUAGUAUCGUGCCACGCAUUGAAAACGCUUGGUUCGCAUUCAAAGGAAAACGUGCGUUCAGAGAUGAAUAGAGUUUUCAAUCGAUUGACUUUCUCGAUCUCGAAACUUGCUUCGUUGUCGUUACACUAUUUUCUCUGUAUCGUGCGUAAUCGCAAUACAGUACGAAUCUCCGACAGACACCUCUUAAUAUGGUCUGCGGAAGUAACACAGUGGAAACUCGAGUAAAGUUUGAUUUUUUUUCUUGUGUUCGAAUAAGACGAUUUACUUGUAUGAAAGAUUGAUAUUGUCGUAGAACGAAUCAUAAUUACACGAACGACUAAUUAUUUUUAUUCUUCAAGAUUUGUUCUAUAAAGUGUUCUUUUCUUUCUGUACCAAUUUACCUGUACUAUCGAUCUGAACGUUACAUUAUGGCUCAAUGGUACAAACAGAAACAGUGUGAAGGGACACGCGAGAUUUUCCGUAUUUUACAGGUCAUUCUGUACCGUUUCAUUCGCACAUUCAACCGAAUUUAAUAAUGAUAAGCAAAUCUGUAUAAAGGUUCACUUAUUCUAAAAAAAAUUAUAUCGAAAAUUCUAUAUAAUCGUGUUGUUGUACAGGUACGAUGAUUAUCUUGUUAACCAUCUUGAAAGUGUAGAAACGGGAGUGUGUGCUUCGCGAAAAAAUGUAAGUCUACGCUUAUGAUUGCUUCCAUUUCAAAAGUUUAAUUGACAAUUGAAAUUUUCAUGCUACAUUUAUAAAAAAAAGUCCAAAUAAUCAUGUAAUUUUUAAAACAGUUUUCAGUUAAACAACAAUGAUUGAACAAUGCACAUGCAAAAUUUAUCAAGUUAUCGUUAUAAUAGUUUUGUAUCAUUGUAAUAGUUAUUCAUUGAGAGUUUAUGAGCUCGUGUUGAGACUCUUGUUUUCUUACUGCAGUCAUAUUGAAUUGAAUAGAAAACUCCUUAAUUUUUAUGAAUAAAUUAAUAAAUUACUAAUAAAUAUACAGUUACAUUUUUGAAAAACAGCCAUAAAUAGCUAUGCAACAUUGUCUGUUCUAUUUUCGCUGAAAAUAUAGAAGAUUUAAUCCUUAACCACCGAGGUGCGUUAUAGCGAUUUCGCUGGUUUUUUGUUUUAUAUAUCAUGCAUACUUCCUUCACGAAAUCCCUCUUAAUCUCAACAAUGACGCUAGUUCCUAAUUUGUCUCCCAAGGAUUGUCCGCAUACGCGUCAAAUCUACUUUAUGCAUAAAAAUCAAUCACAGUUAUUGUGACCGAGGUAGUUAAGGAUUAAGAAAGAAAAACUAUUUUAAUACAGUACAAUUCAUGGGAUUUCUCGCGAUUCAAUAGAACUGCAAUGAGACAAUCAAGAGGUCUCUGAGCAAUUUUCUAAACAUGUUUUAUUAAGAACAUGGAACAGUAUUUAUUUUAUCUAUAAAGAAUUUUCAAGAAAAAAACAUACAUUGUAAUUAAAUGUGAAGUUUUGCCAUUGCCCGAGAUAAAGAUCUUAUAUAGUUCGUUACACACAAUGGUUAUAUUUUUAGACAGCGGAUUAGUGAUUUGUGUUUUUAAGUUGUAUUUAACGACGUGACAUAUGCGAUAGUAACAACGGUUUGUUGUUAGCAUACGGAAAGAACUGAUUUUAUUUCCUUAAAUGUGAUGAACAAUAUGUGAGUGUACAACAAGGCAUCUUUAUUAUUUUCUUCUCUUUUUUUCCUUUUCUUCCUCCUUUUCUCUCUACGAAUCCUGCCGCGAGCACUGUUUUCGCUUUUCAUAAUUUUACUUAAGUUUACUGUAUGUCAUAGAUAGAAAAGUGAAUCCGCGUGCGUGUAAAUAUGCAUUGUAUCCAUUCGAAUAUAAUUAUUUUUUUUUCUUAAUAUUGACGUUGCAUAAGACGAAUUAUGUAUAUGGUCUGUAGUUCGCGCGUGGUAUAACGAUUUUUUAUAUAGAAUUUGUACACGAUAUCUGUUACGGAUUUAAGGAAGUCACAAUUUUAGAAUUUUUCACGAAGGCAGAUAGAGACGUUUUCCAGAUUUAUAUAUCGCGAAUUUCAACGGAUUACGCAUUAGGUGUAUAAAUGAUUAUCAGAAGACAGUUAUGCUACCAGCAGCUAACAUCAUUUAUCAGGACACAUGCAUAAACAUCAGGAGUCUCGACUGUCUCGAGCCAUUGUGAUAUUAGUUUAAGAAUAUCAAAUAUAUGCUAAUGUAAAUUAUCAAUAAUUAGAAUUAUAAUGGAUAUUUUUUUAAUGACUUAUAUAAGAGAGUCAUAUCACAUGUAGAUUCGAUAAUGCAGUCAGACUUUGGAGUAAUAUUAAUUUUAACGAUGUUAACUUUGGUCUCACUCUAUUAAUCAUACAAUAACCGACAUACUUCACACGAUGAACAUCCAGGAAUAAUAUAAUUUCAUGUGUAUAUAUAUAUAAAUAUAUACUACGUCAAAGAUGUAUACAGAACUUAAUACGGAACAGUUAUGUUUUAUGUACAGUUUGACACUUAUUCUGUUGUGAAAUCAGCGUGCUCUGUUAUAUACAAAACGGUUCUCUGGGGAAACCCACCGUCACCAAUAAAAAAAAUUAAAUUAUUUUA